CUACUGUUGUGAAUUGUUCUGAACAGUAAUUUUCCUGUUUUGACUACAGUAGACAUCCUUCCUGAUCAUUCCUAUAAGUAAUAGAUUUAGUCUGAUCAAGACAACAGAAUAAGAUCCCACACAAAGUGAGAAACCAUGGAAGACAGAAAAGUAGCUGAGGUGGAGAUGAAAGAGCUCACUCCAGGAGAUCAAGACAAUAAGGAUGAAGAGAAAGGCAAAAUGGAUGGAUUAAAAGAAGGAGAAACAAAAAAAGAAAAAGAAGAGUCCAGCAAACUGAAACAUCAACAGGAAAAUGUUUACAAUCUUUUACCAUCUACUUCUUCUCCAAAACCCAAUGACGCUGAGAAAGUGGAAGAAAAAGAAAGAGCCCAAAAAGAAGAAGCAACAGCAGAAGAAGCCAAUGUGUACAGCAAAUUGGAGAAGCCAUCAGAAAAUGUUUAUAUGUCUGUGACCGGUGCCACUCCAAAACACAGUGAAGAUAUUUACAGGAGAGUUCGUCUGUACAAGAUGAUUUCUGCUGUUUUUAUCGUUCUCUCUUUGCUCUUGCUGGCUGUGGUUCUUGCUCUGGCUAUGAAGUUCCAGUCCAGCCAGAUGUGUUCAGAUCUCAUUGAUGUCACCUCAAACCAAGAGUGUCAGUGUUUUGAGUGCAAGGAUGGCUGGGAAAAGUUUGAGAACUCUUGCUACUUCAUUUCUAAGCAGCGUCUACCAUGGCAGAAGAGCAGGGAGGCAUGUCAGAAAAAGGGUGGAGACCUGGUUGUCAUCAACAAUGAACGCGUGCAGAAAUUUCUAACUGAUGACGGGAACAUGUUUUACUGGAUUGGGCUCCAUUAUUCAGAAGAUCAGAAAUGGAUGUGGAUUAACAAUACUGCACCAACCCGGAGCUUCUGGUCCCGUGGCCAGCCAAAUCCAGACUCUCAAGGCUCCUGUGCACUGCUAAAUGGAGGGAAGCCACAAAUACACAACUGGCUUUCAAACCCCUGUGAGGUGCUUUCAUUUUUCAUCUGCCAGAAACAAUAAAAGUGGAGAAUGUCAAUCAAAACCAUCACAUAUAUCUGAUACAUUUGCCUUUAAUAUCUUCAUUUUACUGUUAUAAUUACCUGUUAUAAAUGCAGUUCAAACAUAAUAAUGAAUACAGAAUCAGCACAUGAAAUGAAAUAAUCCUGUUCUGUGAUGCACAAUCAAGUAGAUAUGCUAUGUAGUAAUAUGUUCAUGAUUGAGAAAAUGAGACAAUCAGGCUAAAUGUAUUCAUUGAAAGUGACUCUGUGCUUAUAUUACUUGUAAAUUAUAAUGCUAUUACUUGCACUGCUACAAAAUGUUUUUGCAAUAAUAUAUAUUAAACCUUAUUUGCACUAAAAUGUUUGCAGAAUGUAUUAUAAAACUAAAUAUAUACCUAUGUAGCUGCCAUUUAAAUAAUAGUCAGAAGUCAUUGUCCUCAAUUUAAUAUUCAGUUCUUAAUGCACCCUUUCUAUGUGAUUUGUCACCGUAAAGUUGUACUCACUCAAUUAAAUUAUGAAACAAUGACAUUUUACAGAAUCACUAUACUUUCAAUAAAUUUCAUUUCUCAAA